AUGCGGCGCUACUUCGCCUUCGGCGCAAACCUCUCCCCCGCGGCGCUGACUCUGCGCCUCGGGGCACCGGGCCCGGAGCCCAGUCGCCCAGCUGCGCUGCAGGACUGGGAGCUGCGCUUCGAUGUGCGGGGCUACUGGCCGCAGAUCGAGGGUGCCUUCGCAUCGGCCGCUCCCUGCAAAGGUGCCAGGAUCUACGGCGUGGUUCACAUGCUCAGCGAGGCUAUCGCGAUGACCUGGAGCCAAGUCACGUUCUCCGGGAGCGAACCUUACAUGAGAUGGGGGCACAAAGCCGUCCUCACGACGUCAGGCGCGUGCUUCUUUGGUGGCUAUGGUGACGGCUAUGGCUAUGAUGGUGGCCUUUUCCCGAUAGACUCUUGGUGCUUCGACUUGUCAACAAGAUCUUGGGACGAGAAGAUGACUUAUGGCUAUGGGCCGAUGGCUGAUGGGCCCGCCGGGCGUCGUCAACAUAGCGCUGCAACGAGCGGAGAGAGUAUGUGGAUAUUUGGUGGUGAGGGCGAUGAUGGCCAAAUGAGCGAUGAAUUGUGGGAGCUCAAUCCGCAAGAGCCUUCCUGGACACUGCCUACUGUUUCGGCGGCUAAGCCACCGGGACGACGCGGACACACUGCGGUGAUGACUUCCGGGACAUUGUACGUGUUCGGAGGAUACAACAGCGGCAACCUGAACGACCUCUGGUCCAUCAACGUCUUGGCAGGGAAUCCCGAGUGGGUGCAGAUGUCUAGUGUGAGCACUUCACCUUCCGCACGAGCAGACCACAGCGCAGUUUUGAUGAGCACUGUCAUGUGGAUUUUCGGUGGAUCUGCUGGCGAUGGGGCAAUGAACGACGUGUGGUUCGUCGAGCUGACACAGGACCCCGUUUCGUGGAUGGAAGUCUCUACGAGUGGAACAAGUGUCCGCCGAACCGGGCACAGUGCUCAUCUUCACUCCGGGAAGAUGUGGGUCUUCGGUGGCCACGAUGGCACAGGUCUUUCGAGCGCUCUGACGUACCUCGACCUGGAUCAGAGCGGCUCCUACAGGUGGGAAGAGAGCGCACCCUUGAGUGGAACCAGGCCCCCGGCCCGGUGGUUUCAUGCAGCUGUUCUCGACCAAGGCGAGUUGUGGGUGUUUGGUGGGGAUGCACAUCUUGAGACCGACUUUUACCUUGAUGUGUGGUACAUUGAUCUUGAGGAGGCGACAACGACGCUGACGAGCACGACCAUCGUCUCCACAACGAUCAGCAGCAGUAGCUCGUCCAGCGCCGGCACCUACAAUCAGCUCAUCGAGCGCCAGAGCUACCAGCGCCACGACGAGUACCAGCAGGACGGCAACCAAAACCCGCACCACUGCAACGAGCAGCUCCACUUUAUCGGACAGUACGUCUUCUACGACCAGCACAGGGAGGCCAACCAGGCCGUCGAGCGGGUGGAUACCGUAGAAGCAGCAGAAGUGGUUCAAUUCGCUGCCACAUUGAGUUUCAAUAGCAGCCAAGGUGUGUUGGGUGAAGUGUCAGCAGAUUUGGCCACAGGGCGGCUGAGGAUGGUCGCCUUCUCUCCAGAUGCUUUAGACGGCAACGUGAUCGUCACCGCCACCGCCUCCUCAGGCUCCGAGUCCUCUGAGGUCGCAGUGGCGCGCUUGGAGGUCUCCCCGCAGGUGCUUGCUGCAGUUGCCACGGAAAAUGGGUUGUUCGGGCCAGUUCUCCUGAGUAUCACCACCGUCGCCGACCAGAUCGCAAGGAAGUUCCAGGACCGACGUGUGGAAGGCGAAAUUAUGUCUGUGCUUGGCUCCGGGGUGGUGAGCCUGAACUUCCGCGCACUCGACGGGAGUACACUGAAAGCGGACAACUUGACAUCGCCGCUACGCAUUGUGAUCCAGACGGACGAGAAGACUGCCAGCUGUGCCUUCUGGAGUGAAGACGAAAGCCGUUGGUCUUCCGAUGGGAUCACAACUUUGCCGGACAUGGUGCCGGGCCAAAUCACUUGCCUCACCACCCACCUGUCACUCUUCGGCGCUGUGGGCCAAGUCAGUUGGGACAAUGCCUUCCUGGUCCUAAAAUGCAGCACUGCUUGGGAGCACUUUAGUGCACAGGGCUUCCAGGAAGCACUUAGGCAAGUUUCCGGGGCUCAUUGGCAAUCCACGCUCCCGGCCAUCUCCGUCUUCACCUUCCUCGCCCUCUUCUGCGCGGUUUUCGCCCGAGCUAGUUACGUUGACUGCAAGAAGCUGGUGCCCUGGGAGGAAAUUGAGCCCGUGCUCUUCAAGCAGACCCAAGCUGCUCAAGAUUCACACGCGGAGGUCCCUACCGUAUGGGCCUGGCGGCGAGUGGCCGAGGCAACCCAAUGGACCUGUUGGUGCGCAGGCAUGUGCACCGGGAUCUCAGGCAUUGUGGCGCUGAUCUUGGAAUGCAAAGCUCCAGAGGCCAGCGUGAAUCGGUGCAUCAGGUCUCUCCAUGCUCACCGCAGUGGUGUGGCUAGAGACAGUCUGGCGAUCGUCGUGAAGCCGGAUGAGAGGUUCGAGCUGGAGGAAGAGCUCGUAUCCAAGCAAGUCAGCCGCUCAGCAAGAAGCAGCCGCUUAUCCAGCCUCGUGCAUGCCCUCGCUCUCGGCAACAUGAACGGCUUCAACCUUGCUCUCCGAGACUUAAGUGCACGAUGGAACGUCCACAUCCAUGGAGCCACUGCUGUGCAGUCCAUUCUGAACAGCCGGUGGUUCGUCCGUGUUUGCCUCCUGGUUCCCGCCUUCCAUCCAUGGCUCGCAGUGCUGCGGCUCAGCUUGCUGACUUCCUACAAGGUGCGCGUCUCCCUGAUCUUCCUGAAACUGUGUGCGGCCGGUGCCACCAAUGCCAUGUUCUUCAGCAGUACAUCGCCUGCCCCAAACUCGGAUCCAGCCUGUUUGCCCCCACAGAACAUGCUGGCAUGGCUCGUGCAGAACACCGUUGUGGGAAUGAUUUCUGCCAUCCUCGGCGACUGCGCGAUCUUUGCUCUUUUCUGGCUUCAAAACCGCAAGCCCGUAGAGAAGGACUGGACAACAGCUGCGAAGGCCCGGCAACUGAACAUCUGGAGUUGUCGAGCCGGGCUGUUUUGGUUCCUGUGGCUUGUCUACUCAACAUCGUGCCUGCUCUACAUCAUGAUGUUCUUGGCAACAUCGCGCCUGGCAGAUGCGCACGGCUGGUACUUAGCCACAGGCAUGAGCCUGCUGCAGGAUUUGGUGGCUCUGCCGCUCUUCGUGGCCCUUGUCCUUGGUACCAUGGCUUCCUUGGCCUUGCUGAGCAGCGGGGUUCGAGCGAGGACGGCGGCCAGGUGGCUUAAAGGAGAGGCUGAGCAGACCGAGCUGGAGGAGGCUCUUAGCCGUCCUGACUCGGAGUGCUCCUCCGCGAGGAUGGAGAUUGAAGGUUCUCAUUGUCAUGGUCGCAAUCUCAUCGAGCAUGCCUGGAUGGGAAUCCUUCCUGGCACCCUGUUGGAUGCCGGCGAAUUGAGCAGCGGGAAUUUUGUUGCCAGGCUCCGGUACUUGCUGCAGGAUGCCCAAGCUUUUGCUGCGGAAAUUCACGUGGUUCUGCCGAAGGAUGCAGAGACCCGGGAGGGUGUUCAAGAGGGCCAGAACCAGCGGGUGGAGGGCGGCCGCGUCACAGACCUCGACGGCCAAGAAAUUUCAGGAGAGGGCUGCAGCUUCUACACCUGCGGGCCGUCAAUGCGCCUUGCCGAGGGCUCUGAAGCGAGACCCAGCGCACGCUACCUUGAGAUGCUCGAGACUGCUGCGCUUGAAGCCGGGCUACCCGGUACCUGGGCCGAGUCCUUCCGAGAUCGUCGGUGUCAACUGCCUCGCGGUCCGUCGCUGCGGCGCGAGGCGCUACUUGCUGGUCUUCCCCCAGGAGCCCCUGCAAUCUCCUUUGCCUCAAGCAUCGCGGGGGACCAGGCGCUGACAUCUCUGUGCGGCCUCGUCUUUGCAUGCAAAGACGCACCGGAGGCCGUCUUUCCUGCGCUAUCGAUGCAGGAGAUGGCGCUGGCAGUUCUUCGCCGUGGAGUGCGGCCCUGGCGUGGCGAAAAGAUGCCUGACACACUGGAAGAGGCUGGGGUCCCCGCCCGGUUCUAUGCACACAUCCACACAUCUACACAUGACAUGUGA